CUCAUCACCUUCUUCCUCAUCCUCGAACCGUCUGAAUCUCUCCGUAUCGCUCAUCACAUUAUCGCAAAACCCACAUUGGACGAGAGAUGCAGACCCGGUUCACAACCCUAGUUGGUCGAACCCUAAUAUCGACCACGCGGUCCUUCUCGUCGUCCACCCAAACCCCACCCUCGACCACCACAACCUCCUCUCAAUUCCCACAGACUCUGGCGGGCCUGCGGGCCCCCCCCCCCCUCGUGGAAGGCGAAGGCCCAUACUCCGUCGAAGUUGGAACCAAGAAGAACCCUCUCCCCAAGCCAAAAUGGAUGAAGGAGUCAAUUCCCGGCGGCCAAAAGUACACUCAGAUCAAGAAGAAGCUCAGAGAAUUGAAGCUCCACACGGUGUGCGAGGAGGCCAAGUGUCCCAACCUCGGUGAGUGCUGGUCCGGCGGCGAGACCGGCACCGCCACCGCUACGAUCAUGAUUCUCGGUGACACGUGCACCCGCGGUUGCAGAUUUUGUAAUGUGAAGACUUCGAAGACUCCACCUCCUCCUGACCCCAAUGAACCGUCGAAUGUGGCGGAGGCAAUCGCGUCAUGGGGUUUGGAUUAUGUGGUGAUUACUAGCGUGGACCGGGACGAUUUGCCUGAUCAAGGGAGUGGGCAUUUUGCGGAGACCGUGCAAAAGUUGAAGACGCUGAAACCCAGUAUGCUAAUUGAGGCUUUGGUUCCUGAUUUUCGGGGAGACUCCAGCUGCGUAGAGAAAGUUGCAACAUCAGGAUUAGAUGUUCUUGCUCACAAUAUUGAGACAGUUGAAGAGCUUCAGAGGGCAGUGCGGGAUCAUCGUGCCAAUUUUAAACAAUCUUUAGAUGUUCUAAUGAUGGCCAAAGAUUAUGCUCCUGCUGGAACGCUAACAAAGACUUCAGUAAUGUUAGGUUGUGGGGAAACACCUGAUCAAGUUGUGAGGACAAUGGAGAAGGUGAGAGCAGCAGGUGUUGAUGUGAUGACAUUUGGUCAAUACAUGCGUCCUUCGAAGCGCCAUAUGCCUGUAUCUGAAUACAUUACUCCUGAAGCUUUUGAGAAGUAUCGAGCUCUUGGCAUGGAAAUGGGAUUUCGAUAUGUGGCUUCUGGUCCCAUGGUCAGGUCGUCAUACAAAGCCGGUGAAUUCUACAUCAAGUCUAUGAUAGAAUCAGAUCGGGCCACUUCUUCGCAUCUUUCUGUCUCAUGAUAGGCGGGUUUGUUUCCUACCUUGUUCUCUUUCGACAAAGCGUCGGUCUGUAUUCUUUUCCAUCGGCGUACUCUGUGUAUUGUACAAGUGAUGAUUAUAGAGCGCCCAAGCAUACAUGGUCUUGUUAUGAUAUCUUCCAGUUGUAUGCUCAAUUCAUUGUAAUUAUCAGACACCACUCUGCUCCGCUGCUCUAUUGAGGUCUUAUAUCACUGUGAUUGCUGCUGUUAAUCAGCUUAUUAAUAGAAAGAAUAAUUGAUUAUUCUUCAAUGCCACAUCCAUUAUA